GGCGUGCUUCUCAAAAUUCGACAAUAAUGUGCCUUCAAAAAAGAAAAGAAUAAAACAAUGGUUGGAAGAUUCAUAAAGAAAUACCUGCAAACAGUCAAACAUAAUUCCACCGAUAAAUCCCACCGCACCGCUCGAUAGAAAUACAGAAAAAGCCGUAGAGUUCUAAAGAAAGUCGAGAAGAAGAUGAUCGGAUUCGAGAGACUGAGCCGCGGAAGCCACGAUGGUGAAGUGAAAGGUGAUAUAGAGGAAGGGACUUUGUACCCAGGGCUCGGCUACGGAGAGAAUCUUCUGCGAUGGGCCUUCAUCCGAAAAGUCUAUGGCAUUCUCGCCGCUCAGAUCCUUCUGACCACCCUCGUCUCCGCCGCAACUGUUUUAUACGCCCCUGUCAACGAGCUUCUGAGGACUAAUUCCGGCCUUCUCCUCUUCCUCGUUUUCCUCCCUUUCAUCUUCUUGUGGCCUCUCCACGUCUAUCAGCAGAGGCAUCCGCUGAAUUUUGUGUUCCUUGGACUUUUCACCACAUCUCUGAGUCUCACUGUUGGCAUGAGCUGUGCCAAUACAGAUGGUAGGAUUGUACUUGAGGCUCUGAUCUUGACAUCAGCUGUAGUUUCAGCUUUGACUGGGUACACUUUCUGGGCUGCUAAAAAGGGCAAGGACUUCAGCUUCAUUGGGCCAAUCUUGUUUACCAGCCUAUUUGUACUUGUUUUGACCGGCUUCAUCCAGAUGUUCUUCCCUCUUGGAUCUACAUCCAUGGCUGUCUACAGUGCCAUCAGUGCUAUAAUUUUCUGUGGCUACAUCGUGUAUGAUACAGACAACUUGAUCAAACGGUUCACAUAUGAUGAGUACAUAUGGGCAUCUGUCACUUUGUAUCUAGAUGUUCUUAACCUCUUCCUCACCAUUCUGCGGAUGCUUAAGCAAGGGGAGAACUAGAUAUGCUGCUGCUGCUGCUACUUAUUCACAUUUUGAUGCCUGGUUUCCCUUUGGUGUAAUAAUAACGUGGUGUGUAUACGUAUAUGUUGCUCUCAUUCCUUGACUUGGUUAAUAGGAUGUUGGCGUAUUGGUUCGGUGGAGUACUUGAAGUUGUAAACUCCAAUGAUAUUGUCUAAUUGUUCAUCCACAAUUCCACACAUGUCUAAAGUGCUUUGAACUCUAAUGAUCAUUUAUAAAUUUUACACAUCUUUAUUUGAAUGGUUUUUGAAUUACAAUAUUAUUAAUAUUAGUUGAAUAGAGUCGAUUUAGUGGUAAUGCCUCCAACACCGGUUACUCCCAGAAAGAGUGAUGGCAUCGCCUUUGUUGGGUUUUUGUGGUUCAGAAUUGUUCCUUUUUCUUGGAAAAGAUGUCUUUAGGGGCCGUUUACUUUUUCUUUUUUCUUUAAGUCCUGAAUGAAUUAAGACGUCUGUCUGGAUUAAGUGACACUGUGAUAUCAAACUGUUUACUAUGUGUGCUAAAUGAGAAGUCUGAAUUAUGUUAAA